AUGGGGAUGGGCAGAAAUGGUGCCAUUUGUGUCAUUUCCUCCAUUUAUCUCAUAGCUGUCAUUGGAGCAUGGAUUGGCCUUCUCUACAUCAUUCACGAUCUUUUCGAUCUCAAACGCGAAAUCUCUGAUGGGGUACACAAUUUCCAGGCUGCCCACGAUGAGGCGUGGACAAGAAUUCAUUCGGAGAUGCCAUUGAGUGAAAGGCGAAAAAAGGACAAUGAGGAAAAAGAGAGAGAAAAAGAGCGAAAGAAACGAGAAGUGAGAGUGACAUAUCGGGAAGUGAAUAGCCCGGGUGGGAGAGUGUUCGACAGCGGGAAUGCAUUCACAUCGGGAUUCGGAAAUUCCCCGUCAACAUCCAGUGGAUCCGAAGAUUUCCUCGAUUUGGAUCGAAUGCUUCGAGGAUUCGGUAUCGACCCGAAUCCCGCACAGAAACAAGGAGGAGGUGGUUGUUCUCGUUGUCCAUCGACUCGUCUUAUGAAUCUUCCCACUUAUAAAGCUUCAUAUAAAUAUGGGCAAAAUCCGGGCACUCUUCACAUCAAAUUUGGUGGUGGAUUUGGUGGACAACCACAGACGAUAGAUUUGAGACCGGGUGAGAGUGUGCAAAUCUCGGGCACAAUCUCUUAUCCACAACCAACACAACAGCCAUGUCAUCGAUGUGAAAGCAGAACAAAUAUAAAACAACAAACCCCACAACGGGCGAUUUCUCAAGCCAGAACUGAUCAAGAGAAUGUGGAUGACUUUGGAGGAGGAGAAACGGAUAAAAAACAGGUGAUUCAAGUACACGAGAACAACAAGGAUACCUUUCAAUUACCGGAUGAUCUUGUCACUCAAUCCCCGUAUCAACCACCGGCAAGACCACCAGUUUCUGAUGAAUAUUCAUCCGAAGAAGAUGGGGGAAGUCAAGAAAAUAAUAAACAAUUUGAAGAGGAAUCGACUACAGCCGGAUUUCCAGAGUUGCCACAAACGCCGGGGCCAUACAUUCCACAAAGAGGAGGCGAUGGUUAUGUGCAACCACCAACAACUCAAGGAUACGAUUCCCCAACAACUCAAGGAUACGAUUCCCCAACAACUCAAGGAUACUAUUCCCCAACAACUCCUCAACCAAGCUAUAUUCGACCAUCUUAUGUCACGAAAACGACUCCUGGAUAUGCUCGUCCAUCAUAUCCAUCAUAUAACACAACUCCUUAUCCAAAAAGAAAACCGGUUGAUGAGUCAGAAUCAUCUGAGGAAGAAGGCGGUGAGGAAAGAAAGGGAUCGACAAAAGAGGAGAAUUCUUAUAUAGCGACGACACCUGGAUAUGCUACACAUUGUCAUUGUACUUGCCCAAUGGUACCACCUGAAUCAUGUCCACGAGGACCACCUGGACCUCGUGGACCACCAGGAGACAAAGGACCCCCUGGCCCGAUUGGUGGACACGGACCACCGGGCAAACCUGGACCCCCAUGUGAUGAGAUUAUGUAUAGUGGAUUUGGAGGGAAACUCGCGGCAAUGAACAAUCCGAAUUCGCCUUUCUUUGGCAAUCGACCAACCACGUAUAGCAGAGAAAAAGGACGAUACUGUAUUAUGUGUGAGAUGGGAAAUCGAGGACCCCAAGGACCGAAGGGACCUUCUGGAAAACCCGGACACAAAGGCUUCAAGGGACCUCGCGGAGAAUCGGGACUUCCAGGCAAAAAUGGAAAACCCGGUGCACCGGGCAUAAAAGGACCACCUGGAUCGGAUGGGCUUCGCGGAUUUGAGGGACCGCCUGGAGCACCCGGAUUGGUCUAUACAAAAGGGCAACAAGGACCUCCAGGAAAUCCGGGCAAAGGUGGACCACCGGGAGAUUCAGGAGCACCGGGAGUUAGUGGACCACCAGGGAACCCUGGAUACUCUGGUCCACCUGGGCCCAAUGGAUUCCAAGGGCCAGAGGGACCUCCUGGACAACCAGGAGAACCGGGUCCACCAGGUCGACCGGGAGACGAUGGAAAGUAUUGUGAUUGUCCGCCGGGAAGAUCUCGACCAAGGCCAACCACUCCACAAACAUACAUUGUGCCGACAACGCCACCCACUUAUCCGAUGCCACCAACCUAUCGAACGCAAACUUAUCCGGGGUAUAUCCACGCACCAAGCAGAUAUAUUUCGGUGCAAAAGAAAACCUAUACAUCGUUUCAACCACCCGCCAUUCGAUAUGGUCGAUAUGGA